AUGAAGGUUUCUGGCCUCUUUGCUUUGCUCUUGGUGGUUGGAGCAACUGUGAUGUUCUUUAACAUCUUAAGUCCAACAAGGGCCUUUGGGACACCUGAUUUUAUUGAAACCAACAGUGGUGAUAAAGCCUCACGGAUUGCAGAACGGAGGAAAUUGAAGGUAUGA